AUGCCCGAACGAACUUUACCCGACAUUCUUAUGCCGGGCAAUGGCGGCUCUGCGAGUCCUCGUCCAUGGGGAAAUGGCGCAGGAUCCAACUCACAAAACAAUUCACCCAUAUCUCCUAUCGAAGGACACCUACCGUUCGAACGAGCCCCUCCAGGCGGGACUCCGUUAGCGAAUGCAGCCCCAGCACCUCCUGCGCCCACAUAUCAACCAGAGAACCGUGUCGGAAGAAAUCCCGCUGAGCCUGAGGGACAGGAGUCUGAUGAACAACGUGACGUCGCAGCACCAAGGGAAAGGUCUCGACCAAAUCGACGUACCUGCAAGAAGUGUGGUGAGCCUCUGACGGGACAAUUUGUGCGCGCGUUAAAUGGGACAUUUCAUUUGGAAUGCUUCAAAUGUCAUGACUGCGGAAAAGUCGUUGCUUCCAAAUUCUUCCCCGUCGACGCCGAAGACGGCAGCGGACAAUACCCAUUGUGUGAGACUGAUUACUUCCGCAGACUUAACCUCCUCUGCCAUGAGUGCGGUGGUGCUCUAAGAGGCUCCUACAUUACAGCUUUAGAUCGCAAAUAUCACAUUGAACAUUUCACAUGCUCCGUCUGUCCGACUGUCUUUGGUGCUCAAGACUCCUACUAUGAACAUGAGGGCAAUGUAUAUUGUCACUAUCACUAUUCGACCAGAUUCGCUCAGAGGUGUAACGGGUGUCAUACGGCGAUCCUCAAACAAUUCGUCGAAAUCUUUCGCAACGGCCAGAACCAACAUUGGCACCCGGAGUGCUACAUGAUCCAUAAAUUCUGGAACGUGAGACUGGCACCGGCUGGUCAACUUCUUGACAGUUCGACAUUGGAUGAUGAAGCAACAGAAGCUGACCGUGAAAAAAUCCGCAAACGAGAAGAACAGAUGGAAGAGAAGGUCUACAAAAUAUGGAGUAUAUUGUCCACAUUCGAAGAAUCUUCAGCUGCUUGUAUAUCCGAAAUGCUUCUACAUGUCAGCAAUGGGGCAUAUGUGGAUGGAGUUUUGGUUGCCAAGAGUUUUAUUUCACAUGUCGAAAUUCUUUUUGCAGCUAUCGAUAUGUUGGCAGCUUUAUUGAAGGAUCAGGGUCUGAAAGAUCUAUCUUACGCGCGCGAGGCAAAGUUGCUGUGCAAAAAAAUCGUUGCUUUCUUCUCGCUGCUAUCAAAGACACAAGAAACUGGAGUGAGGAAGCUUGGUGUCACACAAGAACUUCUGUCGCUGGUUACCGGUCUCGCCCAUUACCUCAAACUUCUUAUUCGAAUUGGCUUGCAAGGGGCUUUGAAGCUCGAGCGAGAAAAAGACACAGUCCAAGGCCUUUUUGGAUUUUUGAAUCAUCUUGAGCACAGCCUGCAAGGCCUCAAAGUCUCUGAAGAGGGACCUACAGAUCUCAUGGCAGGAGUCCCUGCCCUAGCAGAUCAAUACUCCGACUGCUGUACGGCAUGUCAAGAGCCUAUCGACGACGCGUGCAUCAUACUGGAUGAUAAGAGAUGGCACACCAAGCCCCCUCAUCUCGUUUGCAGUCAUUGCCAGAAGGAUCUAAUCGUCGAUCUUUCCGAGGCCGUGUGGAAUGACAAAGAUCAGCGCCCCUUUUGCAAUAACUGCGCUUUCAAUCUAGGACGAGCACCGGAUGCUCGAGCUGGAUUCAAGAACGUUACCAAGCUUGUCCAAUAUGUAUUCUUGUUGCAGGUCGCCCUUGCCAGGCUGCUCUCCGUAUUACGAUCAAGUGACGAUCCUAACCUCAACGACUACGAUGCAAACGAGGGUCAUCGCGUGGAAACUGGCGCUGGGUUGACAGCUAGAGCAGCAAAUACUCGCUCUCAGUCUUUUACGGGAGCUUCCAAGAGUGAAGAAUCUUCAUCUCUAGAGCAGACUGUUGGUGAGAUGCGUCGACUGAGGUCUAUUCGCAAUGAGAGAACGUUAUCUACCACUUACAAGAAAGCGCGAGCAUCGAGAAUCAUCGACGGUCCUCAAGGAAGCAGUGUGCGACCGGGAUCUUCGGGUGGCGAUGGAACCGAUCCUAGGAACCCUGGUUUCCAGAUUAUCGAAGAGAAAGACUCGAACGGAGAACCAGUGAAUGAGUUACAUUUUGGCGCUCAAGAUGCACUGACCUUGGACGAUAUUCCUCGUAUCGUAGCAGCUGAACAAGCCAAAGAGCAACGACCCAACGCGUCGAGAUAUGCUGGUACAAAUCUUGUCGGUGCAGACGAUUACCAAGCUAGGUUUGUUCCAGGCCAUCGACGAGAGGUUUCUGGCGGUCAAGACCAGAUGCCUAUUGACGCCACUGGAAUGAAGGCAAAGAAGUACUUUUCAGAGCUGUCGGCCCUCGAAUACUUUAUUGUCAGACAUGUUGCGGUGCUUUCCAUGGAGCCGCUCUUGGAAGGCCACUUCAAUCUGGAGGAGCUCCUCUCAUUGAUUGAGUCACGCAAACCUACUGUUUGGAAUUUGUUUGGUCGUGCAUUCAACAAGGAGGGAAAGAAGGUCGGCAAGAAAAAGGGCAUCUUCGGUGUCAGUCUGAAUAUUCUUGUCGAGAAAGAGGGCGCGGAAUCUACACAUGGCGUUGGUCCAGGUGCUUUACGAAUCCCUGUCCUCAUCGAUGAUGCUGUGUCGGCGAUGCGCCAAAUGGACAUGUCCGUUGAGGGAGUUUUCCGAAAGAACGGCAACAUUCGACGCUUGAAGGAGCUCGCUGAAUUGAUCGACAACAAAUACGAACAAGUCGACCUAAACCGGGAGAGUCCAGUUCAGGUGGCUGCUUUGGUGAAGAAAUUUCUUCGAGAGAUGCCAGAUCCUCUUUUGACAUUCAAACUCCACCGUCUUUUUGUUAUUUCACAGAAAAUUGCGGACCCCGAAAAACGAAAGCGUAUAUUACACUUGAGCUGCUGCUUACUUCCUAAAGCUCACCGGGACACCAUGGAGGUUCUCUUUGCUUUCCUUAGCUGGGCUGCUUCGUUUUCUCAUGUCGACGAAGAGUCGGGCAGUAAGAUGGACAUCCACAACUUGGCCACUGUCAUGACACCGAAUAUUCUAUAUCCAAAUACGAAGACGGCCAGCAUGGACGAGAGUUUCUUGGCCAUUGAGGCAGUUGCUUCACUAAUUGCAUACAACGACGUUAUGUGCGAGGUUCCCGAGGAUCUUCAAUCUAUUCUCAACGAUACCAGCUUCUUCAAGGACAGUGCCGACAUCACGACCAAAGAGAUUCUCAAGAGAUACGGCGACUUCGGCAAGGGUGUCGUUGCUCAACGAGUAACACCAAAUAUUGAGGGCAGCUCUGGAUCGACCCGUGGCAACAACACACCUGUCACUGCUCGCAUUGAGACUGAUCCUUCACAAGCGACAGCAUGGCAGAUGCAAAGCUCUGUACGACAUGUCCAAGCCCCCGGCGGACCGGCUUAUACAGCAAUGCCUAUCAAUAAUCAUGAGAAUGGCGCACCGGAACAAUACCGCGCUCGAAGUGCCAGUGCUGGCAGUCAGAGACAAGCUAUGCCGCAGUCUGAUGCGGAGCCUCUUCCAUAUCGUCCUCAUCCCGGUACAGGUCCAAUGGGUGUGGCUGGCUAG